UUCAGUGAUACUCGUACAGUGAUCGUGAACGAACCGAUCCCUACCACCACCAUUACCUCCUACUACGAGGGAUCAGUGGACACCACCAUGACGGUUACAGCUCCUCCCGGAGAAACAGCCACGGUGAUCAUUGAGGUUCCUACACCAUAUACUACGAUUACUCGUACCUGGACUGAGGCCAAUGGUACUACGUAUACCGAACCUGUGUCUGACUUCAGUGAUACUCGUACAGUGAUCGUGAACGAACCGAUCCCUACCACCACCAUUACCUCCUACUACGAGGGAUCAGUAGAUACUACCAUGACAGUCACUGCCCCACCAGGAGAAACAGCCACCGUCAUCAUCGAAGUCCCCACGCCAUACACCACCAUCACCCGUACGUGGUUAGAGGCUAACGCUUCCACCUACACAGACCCCGUAUCCGACUUCAGUGAUACCAGAACUGUUGUGGUUAACGUUCCAGUUCCUACCACCACCGUCACCUCAUACUACGAAGGUUCCAUCGAUACCACCACUACCGUCACCAUGCCACCAGGAGAAACUGCUACCGUCAUUAUCGAGGUGCCAACUCCUUAUACCACCACCACAAUCACAUGGACCGAAGCUAAUGCCACCACCUACACUGAGCCAGUGUCUCAGUACAGUGAUACCAGAACGGUGGUAGUAAAUCUUCCUAUACCCACAGUAACGGUUACUACCACCUGGACUGGAUUAGAGGAGAGUAUUUCCACUGUCACCGCAGCACCAGGAGGUACAGCUACAGUGAUAGUUCACCUUCCUGCUAUCCUUAGCGAGAGUGAGUCGUCAGAAAGCUCAGAAAGCUCUGAGUCCAGUGAGUCCAGCGAGUCCAGCGAGUCCAGCGAGUCCAGUGAGUCCAGUGAGUCCAGUGAGUCCAGUGAGUCCAGUGAGUCCAGUGAGUCCAGUGAGUCCAGUGAGUCCUCAGAAAGCUCCGAAUCCUCCGAAUCAAGCGAAUCUUCUGAGUCCUUAGAUUCUUCAGCAUCGUCAGAAUCUUCGGAAUCUUCGGAAAGUUCUGAAAGUUCCGAUUCCAGCGAAUCUUCUGAAUCGUCAGAAUCAUCAGAAAGUUCUGAGUCUUCUGAGUCGUCUGAAUCGUCAGAAAGCGAGUCCUCCGAGAGCUCAGAGUCAUCAGAAAGCUCAGAAUCUUCUGAAUCGUCUGAGAGUGAAUCCAGUGAAUCCUCAGAAUCCAGUGAAGCCAGUGACAGUUCUGAUAGUUCAGCAUCAUCUGAGUCCAGCGAACUGUCUGAGUCCAGCGAACUGUCUGAGUCCAGCGAACUGUCUGAGUCCUCGGAAUCCUCCGAAUCUUCAGCAUCAAGUGAAGCUAGCGAUUCCUCCAGUGAAGCCAGUGAAUCUUCAGCAUCCAGUGAAUCAUCAGAAAGCUCUGAAAGCUCAGAAUCUUCGGCUGACUCAUCGAGUAGUUCAGAAUCUUCUGAGAGCUCGGAGAGUUCUGAAAGCUCGGAGAGUUCUGAAAGCUCUGAGAGUUCUGAAAGCCCAGACAGCUCAUCAGAGUCUUCCACUGAGUCUUCUACUGAAUCUUCUACUGAAUCUUCCACUGAAUCAAGCGACUCCGCUGAAUCAUCUGAAUCUUCAGCUUCAUCAGAAUCAUCCGUUGAAUCCAGUUCUUCUGAACCACCAGCUUCAUCAGCUUCUUCUGAAGUCAGUGCCUCAUCGUCAGAAUCCUUAGACCCUUCGUCUUCAGAAGCCUCCUCAGAGAGCUCAGAAGCCUCCUCAGAAGCCUCAAGCUCAGAGUCGUCAGCUUUCCCAACACUUUCCCUUUCAUCAGUUUCUGACACUUACUCCUACUCCUCGUCUUAUUUCCCACCAUACGUCAACUCAUCGGUGGCCGGAGUAUCCAGUGUUUGUCCUGACUGUUCAAGUUCAGAGCUUAUCACCGCUAGUGACAGUUCUAGUGAAGUUUCUUCCACUGAAGUUUCUUCCACUGAAAGUACCGAGAGUUCUGGUGCUAGUGCUUCCAUCUCCGUUAUCUCCAGCAUGGUCACUGACCCAGUCAGUAAUUCCCUUGAACCAGUUUCCGACAUUCCUAGUUCUGACGCAUCAAGUCCAUUUGGAUCAGGUACCGCAAGUACUACGGAAAGUUCUGAAAGUUCUGGCUCAGUAAGCUUGACAGUCAGCUCAGUUUCUGAUCCUAGCUCGGCUUCUGAUGGUGCUAGCUCUUCUUACUGUCCUGAUUGUACCACUUCGACUGAGUGUCCUGAUUGUGAGAGUUCUAGUGCUGACCCAACUGACCCUGUUGAUCCUGUUGAUCCUACCGAUCCUGUUGACCCUGUUGAUCCUGUUGACCCUGUUGAUCCUACCGAUCCUGCUGAUCCUGCUGACCCUACUAAUACUGCCACUAAUACUGGUACUAACACUGGCAAUGAUUCUACAAACACUGCCAACCCAGUUGACCCUACUGAUCCUGCUACAGGUACCAGCACCAGUCUCAGUUCAGUUCCUUCUGGUUCUAACACUGGUAGUGGUAAUGGCUCUGGUUCUGGUGGAGACAGUGAUUCAGAUGGUUCUGGUUCCAAUGGUUCUGGUUCUGAUUCUGGUUCCGAUAGUCCUACUGAUGGCUCAGGCUCCAACAGUGGUUCUGGUACCGGUGAUUCUGGUUCCGGUGAUUCUGGUUCCGGUGAUUCUGGUUCUGAUGAUUCUGGUUCUGGUUCAGAUGCUAAUUCAGAUGACUCUGGUACUAAUUCUGGUACUGGUGAUUCAUCAAACAAUUCUGAUGGUACUGGCUCCGGUACUGGUUCCGGUACUGGUACUGAUAGUGAUUCUGGUGCUAAUUCUGGUGCUACUUCUGGUACUGGUUCCGGUACUGGUACUGGUUCAAAUGAUUCUGGUAACUCCAAUGGUUCAGACUCCAAUGGCUCUGGCUCAAAUUCAGACCCAACUACAGCCGGUUCCAAUUCCUUCACCACCAUCGCCACUUCAUCUUCCCCAACUCAAUCACCAGCCGUCCUCCAGGGGGCUGCUUCUUCUAACACCAUCCCAUCUAUCCUCGUCUUCAUUUCCAUCGUUAUUUCGUUUAUUUAA